AUGCAGGAGCUACCCAUCGACGAUCCCGGCCACAUGGCGGCCGCUGACCGCCAGCUUCAGGACUGGGAGGACUUCAUUGUGGGGAAGAAGCUGACAAACGACACGUCUGACGAGAACGCAAAUGAUUUCGAGGAGCAGCUGCCCAAGGGAACCAGGGUCAUUGAAACAGAUGACGAGAUACCGAUGGAGAAUAUGGACGACCGCAUUAGCCUGGUGGUAGAUGGGGAUGGAAUCGUCACCCAGGUUUUCCGGGGAUAA